CAGCGCACAUCUUCCCACCUCAUGUCACCAUGGCAGAUCGCUAAACUCUGGGUAACCCGCGGAAUGCACCUACAGAUCGUAGUGGAAAUCUACAAGCUACGCUUUGGCGACGAGCAUCGCCGAAAGCUUGAUGGCAUCAUGGACUUUGUCAGGAGCGUCAAGGAACAUCAGAUCGAGCAGCGGCUGCAGUUUGUCCGCAGGACGUUGGCCGCCGGUAAAGAGUGUGUAAUAUUUGCUUGUCCCGCUCACACUAAGAAAGAAGGCAAAGGAGGAUUUUGUGCAAACUCUCGGCCAGUACGCCAAUGCCAUUUUGUGGACACUUCCCUGGUUCGACGAGGCGGGCCCGUUUUGCCCCGACAUCAACACCCUCAUUGUGCUGUGCGCUACCUCUUUUCGCUGGCGAGGCUGACCGUAGACGUGGGCAGUGCUUUGCCAUGAUUGCCCGAGCCGUGGGCCUGCACUGUUGGCAGCCGACUCCGCUUAUUCCUAUGGCCAGCAUCGGGUGGGAUGCGAUCAAGGCGGUUCUCUGGAAUGCGCAACGGUACCCAACCUCGAUCGUUAAAGUCCCCAUCUCCCGUCACAGUAAACCGCGCGAGCAGCACGCUGCUUUCUUCACGGAGCAGGCAAACUUGCUCAAGCAGGCCACGUGCGAAAUGUUUGUCGAUGUCCCGGACCACCUGCGUUCUCCCUUCUUCCGUUUCAACAUGUGGAACGAACACCACGAGGGAUGCUGAUCGCUGGCGGUCCGCAAGCCUCAUCUCCAUUACUUCCCUACUGUCAGUUUGCGCUUUACACGACAAGGAAAGAGAUUCCGUAGACUGUUCGCUCAGAUGGCCUGAUAAGAUGAGUUACUUCUGGUUCGUAAUAUUGUGUACCUGCCAUCCUGUACGGCAAAUGAAGAUAGUGCACCUGUUCUACUCGGCUCUGCCUGUCACAACUAUACUCGGCUCCCCAUGUAAUUACGCCUCAAUCUCCUGGUUCUCGCGCUUCUUGAGCACAAGCUUCUCGCCCUUGAUGCGCUGCCACACGUCGGCAACAUCGUCUUCAUGUUAGCCCCAGAAGCGCAUCUGCCACUCACCAACAACCGUCUCGAAGUGCGAGGUAGCGUCGUACGACUUGGUGAUGAAGAUGUUGUCGGUCGAACCGUCGGCGGUGGGGGCGUAAAGGGGAAGGAUCG